AAGACCAGUAUUAUAUUAAUAUGGAUUUUCUGUUUCUGCUCUUUGACGUUCAUUCACUCAUUUUAUACCAGUGUGCUGCCAUUCCAUUUUCUUUCCUAUUUUAUUAUCUGUGCAUAACUGGAUACCUCUCCCUGAUUUCAAGGUAUAUCUACCUGAUUCUUGGAGGGUUUCUACUAGCUGUAAUUACCAUGGGACCCUAUUGCCUAGUUGUGCUGAUCCCUGCUGUGUCGUCUGUGUUGCUUAUCCACUUUGUCAGCUCCCAGCGUCUUCACACCUGGGCUUUCCUCACACAGAUGGGCUGGCAGACCUCAUGGCAUCUUGUCCUCCAGUACAGAGGAUAUCAGCUUCAAGAGGGCGACCCCAGGCUACUUGUUGCAGUCUCCUCCUUGAUGCUGCUUACCCAAAGAGUCACGUCACUGUCCUUAGACAUUCAAGAAGGAAAGCUGAAAACUGGAGACACAAGAACAGGGAACUGCGUCUCCUUCAGUUCACUACUGCCUUACCUCAGCUACAUGCUCUAUUUUCCUGCUCUUCUUGGUGGGCCUCUGUGUUCUUUUAGAACCUUCACGUCCUGUGUGAAACUCUGCACUGUAAACCCCCCACCAAACCCACUGUGGACUGUGUCCAAAAAGUGUGUGCUGGUCCUUGGUUUGGAAGGAGUGAAAACACUCCUCACAAUUUGCAUAGAUAUUCACACUGAGGACCCCAUGCAAUCCAGAGAUCUGGAAGGUGUUUUGUUAAUCUGGUCCGUUUCUUUGUUGUACAAGAUGAGCUAUUACUCCUGCUGGGUCCUCAGUGAGUUGCUCAAUAAUGCAGCAGGCUUCGGGUUUGGGGGCUAUGACAGCAAAGGCUUUCCAAUCUGGAAUGCCCUCUCGGACACAGAUAUCUGGACACUGGAGACAACUCAUAAAAUAUCUCAGUUUGCUCGAACUUGGAAUAAGACCACCGCAGACUGGCUCAGAAGGCUAGUGUUUGAGAAAUGCAAAGCCUAUCCUUUACUGGCAACCUUUGCCUUUUCGGCCUGGUGGCACGGACUGCACCCUGGACAGAUAUUUGGGUUUUUAUGCUGGGCUGCGACAGUAGAGGCUGAUUACCGUGUUCAUCAUUACUUAAGGCCUUACGUGGGAACCGGGCUGACAAGGCUGUUGUAUAAAAGCCUGACAUGGGUGCAAACGCAGUUAGUGAUCGCAUGCUGUAUCUUGACUGUGGAGCUGCGAAGUCUUUCCUCUGUGCGAAUGAUUUGCCAGUCGUAUAUCUGUCUGUUUCCUCUUCUGUAUUGUUUGGUGCUUGUUUUUCUAUCUAGAAAACCACAGUAACUACAAUGUGAAGCUGCACUGCAUGCUGAACGUCACUUGACUUAUCUUUGUUGACAGUAUAUCGCUUUGCAUUUUUGAAGCUAUGUUUCAGAGCCAAUUUUAAUCUACACACCAACUUUAUUUGUCAGUUCAGGGUAGCGUACAGUAUAUGUGCAAUAUGUGUUUUAUUUAUUUUUUAGACAGGACAGUUCUUUAAAAAUACAAUUUUCCAACAUUUUUUACUUGUUUGGUUUUGAUGCUAGACUUUGCCUUUCGGGGCACUUGGCACUUUUUAAUUGAUAAUAAAUCAAUCCCCUUUGGAAUUACAGCUGGUCCCUAAACAUAUCUGAUUAUUAUUUUUAAAAAAUACGUGUAACAGACAAGAGAAAUAAAACUGUAAACAGAAGCUCUGCUUGUUUCAGAGCUAUUUCAGUAGCAAAUUUACAGAACACACGUGAUAGAUUGCAUACAAUUAGGCCUUUACCUUCCACAGCAAUGGACAAGCCUUACAAAAAUGUAUUUUGUAGCACCAAGAAGUAUCUCACAGAUCUUAUUGAGGGUUUAUGAUGAAGUGCUAGAGGGUCUGGAGAACCAUAUGCAGGUAUGUCCUGUAUGUAGAAUGCACAUUGGUUGUUUCUGUACAAUUAAAUAAGGCUCUUCCUACAACAGGUACAGCUGAAAACUGAUGUAUGAGCAGUAUCUCCCUGGCAAUCUGAACAUUGCCUUUAAACCACCCUCUUUGAAAGAAUGCAGUAUUCUGCCCAAUUGCCUUGCAUAAUGGUUUCUUAGUUUUUAUCCAGUUUAGCAUAUGCAUGAAAGAUAAGUAGUUCCCUUCUUUCAGAAUGAUAGGGUUUUAUUUAUACCCCCAAUCUGCAAUUCUGUUGUUUAUGAUAACCACUUCAGAUUAUGUUGUAAUAUGGCUUGUGUGGUUAUUUGUAACUGCUGCUGCCCCCUGGGGGUACUCUUGAA